CUCACAGCUGAUUUCCGGCCCCGCCCCCUUCCCCGGCCCGCGCCGCCGAAGAGUCAGUUCGCUGCGGCCCGCGGUCCCUAGUCUCGGCGCGCGCGAUGGCGCACGCUACCCCGCCGAUCGCGCUGGAGCAGGGCGGCCCCAUCCGCGUGGAGCAUGACCGCCAACGCCGCCAGUUCUCCGUGCGCCUCAACGGAUGUCAUGACCGGGCUGUCCUGCUCUAUGAGUAUGUGGGCAAGCGGAUGGUGGACCUGCAACACACAGAAGUCCCAGAUGCUUAUCGUGGGCGUGGCAUCGCCAAGCACCUGGCCAAGGCUGCUCUGGACUUCGUGGUGGAGGAAGACCUGAAGGCCCACCUCACCUGCUGGUACAUCCAGAAGUAUGUCAAAGAAAACCCCCUGCCACAGUACCUGGAACGCCUACAGCCAUGACCCUGGCCACUGUGUGUAGGAGCGCACCCUGUGGGCUUUCUGUGUGGGCCUCAGCCAGCUCAUGUGCUCUCAGGAACCUGUUCCCAUGGGGACAGGCUCAGAGUUAUUUUUGCAAGGACACUCGUCUGCAGCCUUCAUCCAGGAUUCUGGGGACCAGCUGCUGGCUGUGGAUGUGUGAAAAUCCAGAGUGGGAUAAAGGGCAGGCCAAGCGGCCAAGACCCCCUUCCCACAGAGAUCCUCCGGCUCUGCUGAGGUCCUCCUACCAGCUGCACAUCCCCUCUGGCCUAGCUACCAGGUCCCUGCUCUGAUCAGCAAGAGGGUGACGUAGAGUCCCUGCCACCACCUCCUGGCAUUGUGUCCUUUCUGAAAGUGAGGAGGAUGUUCCUGGAGCCAAGAAGAACAACAGGAACCCUGUGUGCCAGCUCCCCAAAGUGGAGGUGCCAAGCCUUAGCCACUGCCAGUGCUAACCCUUUCUCUGUCUCAGACUUCCAUGCCCUGGCACAGGCAGUGGGGCAGUGGCAGAGAGCAGCGGAUCCAGCUCUGGCCCAGGCCCACCUGUGAGCAUGUACACCAACACAUGAGUACAAGAGACAGGGCAGGUGACGGGACGUCCUCCUCUCUUGGGUGCCCACACUGUUUGGCUUCUCUUGCAGGUUCUGCAAGAAAACAAGUUCCCUAUCAGAGGGUCUGCCUUCCCACGUAUUCACCUGCAGGAGUCGGAGGCUUGGUGGUGGUCUACUGAGCAGUCUGAUACCCUCAGCCCUCUCUGACCUUCAGCUGUACUUACCGGGGCCUUUCUUGUGGGUCACCGUGGAGAUGGAUGAGAUGGUGGUACACAAAGUCCAUUUCGUUUCUUUUCUAGUACUCCUGGCUUCUGGCCGUCUCCCCAUUGCUGUCUAGGCUGCUCCAGACAUCUGUGCACAGACACCUCCCCACUCUGCAGAAGUACUGAAAUCUGGACCAGGAAGCCAUGCAUCCUGGCUAGGAGGUCUUAAGCUCAGAACCCUUGGGCCUCACUCACCACUGCAGUCAUGGGCACGGACCCUUACGGUCCCCACCCUCAGCAUCUCCCUACCUCCUGCACCUCUGGCUUUUACCCUGUUCUUGAUGCUCCUCUUCCAGCCUCCUAGAGUUCCAGGAUAACCCAGCAUACUUCUCACUACUGCCUCCCUUCUCUGCCACCCCGUUCUGUCUGACAGGGACUCUUCAUGGUCCAGAGAAACCCCUGGGCCUCUAAGAAGACAUUGCUGACUGCUCUGACAGCUGUAGUGGCAGCGUGUCUACAAUACAGUACUUGAAUGAGGGCCCUGAAUCAUGUGGACCCAAGAGGAGUGGCUGGGCUUCCUCCGUGGGCUUGUCUCAAGUUCCUGCAGGGUGGCCUGAGCAUUCCUCACUGCCUUGGCAGCCUUAAAGUCCCACUGACUGUGCCCCGGAGGCUUCACAGCCUUGCGGUGUAGCAAUAACUAUAUCUCUGCCUCUUCCUCCUGGCCAAUACUGCCCAACUGGGCCACUCUGGUGCUAUCCCAUCUGCCUCCCCUGUCCCCCAACACCUGUUCCAUGUCCUGAAUCACUCCAGGAGCCUGUGGUUAGGCACUGGCCACUCUAGACUUCAUGUUCCUUCAGUAGGUCUGUGCUGUGCUCGGAUCUCACCCUAGGGUUUCUCUUCCUUGCCCAGUCUACACAGGCAGUAACUCAUGUGCCUUUCCUACUCUGAACCUGCCACAAGUAGUAUCUGGGCCGAGGCUGGUCUUGGGACUUGCAUCCCCUCACUUUUCUGACUUUUGAACACAUUGCAUGAUCCCAUUGGUCACUGACAAAAGACUAAGGCACAGUGAGGUCGGGGCCCCAGAGCGAAGAAAUAGGACAAGAUAGAUUGUGUAGGAAGGGGUCCUCCCUGGUGCCCAACCUAUUUCUUGAUCCUCAGCACUGCCUGCACAGUUGGACAGCUCCACUUGAGGGGAGUCUAAGCUCCAAAGGCUGCAUGGCCUGACUGAGGUCUCCCAGCACAACAGUGCCAAUAAGCAUCAGGAUCCCAGCCCAGGUCUGGAGAAUUUGCCAUCUAUAUCCCUACUCCACAUUAUCUGAACCUCUUAGUUUUACCCUAGAGGCCACACUCCUCACUGCUGGGCAACAGCUUUACAGGGAUUCCUACAAGUUAAUGGUGCCAUACUAGCAUCUGACGCGUGAGCUGCUCUUUGCCCUGAAGUUGGUCAUUUAGGGGUUCCUGACAGAAUUGUUGAUAAACACAGGAGCAGUGCAAGUGUUCCAAAAUGGGAGCAAAGGGAAUCUGCUCCUGCAGCCCCUCUUACACGGGACCUAACGCACAGGGUGGGCCAGGGUGGCUAGUGCACUGAGUGAGAGGCACAGCAGUUUCAGGCUCUGUGGUCUCAGCCCCUCCUUAAUUCUCAUGCAAAUCCCAAGAGACACCACUGUCGGCCUGUCCUGCAGUUGAAGGGACAAGGUCAGAUUAAGCGGGUCACCAGCCUGCAACCCACACAACUAGACAACCUAGGGUCUAAAACCCUGACCCCUAGAUAGUUCCCAGCUUGUGUAUUGUGGUCAGAUGUCUACUUUGGGAAACAAGUGACCUCAGUAAUACAUAGAUAAAAUGUCUAGAAAUUCCUUUAUUCCUUUGAAGGGCUGAAAUGGGGCUCUGUCUUGAGUUGCAAGGUACAUGGCCAGCAUCUAGAAGUCUGGCUUAUGAACAGAACACUCCCCAGUAGCACCUGGCCACUUACCUGUUGUUCCUCAGUUCAGGACUUGGGCCGGCUCAAGUCCUCCCACACGUCCUUUUACUAGUCUCAGGGUCCUGCUUCCAGCUCAUUGCCCUAAGUUUCAUAUACGAGGUCCUGUGAGGCUGUGGCUUGAACCUUUAACUGCAACCUCGGGGAUCACAUUUAGGUGUUUCAGCUGUGUCCUAUGGCUUCAAGAUAUUAAAGACGCUUUUCUGGUUGUCA